CACCAAUAAAAUCGAGGGUGGACGAUAUAUAUGCAUUUUGUAGUGAUAAUACGUUAUUUAACUAUCAAACCAUACGAAGGAAGUGAUAUUAUGAUAUCUAAAUUCUGAAAUAAUUCAGAUUUUUACUAGUUCUAUAUCUGAGAGGAUUUUUUAACAAUAUAUUCAGGAAAGAAAUCUCUGGUCUCAAGAGGACGCGUGGGUCCAAUGGAGGUUGGGGAGAAUAUUGAAGGUGAACAGGAAAUGACAUCACCAAUUAAUGGUGGGAAUGAUAUUCAGGAGUCAAACACAGAAGCGAACGGCACUGUUGUCGAAAAAAAGGUGCAGAACGGUGAAAGUAAACAGAUGUCAACAAAGAAGUCAAAAGACGAGACUGCCGUUGUCGUGGCAAACGGUAACGGACUUCCGCCUAAGAAAGGGGAAGAGUCGGGUUCAGGCGGCUCGAGUGACACUGGAAGUGAGAAGUCUGAUGAAGAAAAGAAAGAUGAACCCAUGGUCGGCGUGUUUGAACUGUUCCGUUACGCGACAAAACGUGAUGUACUUUUUAUGAUCAUUGGGACGAUCUGCGCGUUGGCGCACGGGACAGCGUUCCCUCUCAUGAUCAUAGUCUUCGGGGAAAUGAUUGAUCUUUUUGUCAACUCGGGGUUGUUUAGUGGCGUAGUUCAACAGCUGGAUGACUUGGGAAUUUUAGCCAACCUUACCUACACGCAAGCUCAAGUUAUAGAGGAUCCAGAUCUGCUACAAUCUCAUCUGACCUAUAUAGAAACCACUGAUGUCAACAACACCAUAAAUAUGCAAGUCAUUCAAGAUGCCAUCGACAAUGAUUUGUUAGAGGUCAUGCGGAAAUUUGCCCUUUAUUACAUAGGUAUUGGGUGUGGUGUGAUUGUGUUAGGAUAUUGUCAGGUCAUGUUCUGGAUGGUAGCAUCAGAACGCCAGACCCAUCGUAUUCGCACCAGUUUCUACUCGAAUAUCUUGCGGCAAAACAUUGGAUGGUUUGAUACCAACGAAUCAGCAGAGCUAAAUUCUAGAUUAACCAAUGAUAUCUCCAAAAUACACGAUGGUAUAGGCGACAAGAUCGGAGUGUUUUUCCAGUGGAUGUCUGCAUUUGUUGCCGGAUUCACUGUAGGCUUCGUGUAUGGCUGGAAACUCACUCUGGUUAUUCUCGCAAUCAGUCCUCUAUUAGCCGUUGCAGCUGCUAUCAUGUCCCAGCUUGUUGGUAUGACGUCAAACCUUGAGCUAAAGGCGUACGCCAAAGCUGGAGCAAUUGCAGAAGAGGUGUUGGGUGCCAUACGCACUGUUGUAGCGUUCGGAGGGCAGAAAAAAGAGUGUGAAAGAUAUGACAUACACCUCGUAGAAGCACGAAGUCUGGGGGUUAAAAAAGGCCUGAUCAACGGCAUAUCGCUCGGGGUUGUAUGGCUGAUUAUGAUGUGUGCUUAUGCUCUGGGCUUCUGGUACGGAGCCAAACUGACGAGAGAUGAGCCCGAAAACUAUUCUGUGGGAACCAUGACCAUUGUGUUUUUUUCUGUUUUGAUUGGUGCGUUUUCUCUUGGCAAUGCCUUGCCUAAUAUCCAAAGUCUUGCCACGGCAAGAGGUGCUGCCUACACAGUCUACAACAUCACAGCUUUGGACCCUCCAAUUGACAGCUAUUCAACGGAAGGGAAGAAGCUUGAAGGUUUCCAAGGGAACAUUGAAAUACGCGGAGUGGAGUUUCGUUAUCCCUCAAGGCCAGAGGUCAAGAUUCUCCAUGGGGUGAACCUUGAAAUCAAGCGUGGUCAAACGGUGGCACUUGUUGGGUCCAGCGGGUGUGGAAAGUCUACAAUCGUACAGCUAUUGCAGCGCUUUUAUGAUCCAGAAGCAGGGCAGUUAUUGAUAGAUGGAGUUGACUUGAAGGACAUAAACAUACAGUGGUGGCGAGAACAGAUCGGUAUUGUUAGUCAAGAGCCAGUCCUCUUUGGCACAACCAUUGCAGAAAAUAUCAGAUACGGGCGCCUGGGUGUCAGUCAGGAAGAGAUUGAAGAUGCUGCAAAAGAGGCCAAUGCUCACAGCUUCAUCUCGGAGCUGCCCGAUAAAUAUGAAACCCUAGUUGGUGAAAGAGGGGCCCAGUUAUCAGGAGGACAGAAACAGAGAAUCGCUAUUGCACGAGCCCUUGUGCGUAACCCCAAAAUACUUUUGCUGGAUGAGGCAACAUCUGCUCUUGACACAGAAAGUGAAGGAGUGGUGCAGGACGCCCUGGAAAAGGCAAGUCAUGGAAGAACAACUAUAGUGAUUGCCCAUCGCCUCUCCACCAUCAAAACAGCUGACGCCAUUGCUGGUUUUAAAGAUGGCCUCAUAGCAGAGAAAGGCACACAUAGUGAACUCAUGGCAAAGAGCGGCAUCUACCAACAGCUAGUGACACGACAGAGCGCCAGGACGGCAGAUGAUGAUGAGGCUGAGCAAUUUGAAAAGGCAGACAAAAAGAAAAGUAUCCCAAAUCUUCAGCGGCAGAAAUCCGUGCACUUAACUCCUGUUCAUGAAAAGAAAGCCUUGGAGUCUGGUGAGAAGGAGGCAGAAGAUGGAGAAAAGGAAAAAGAGAAAGAAGAGGUAGAUUCGUCAUUGAAGCGAAUCUUGACCAUGAACUCCUCAGAGAUUCCAUUCAUUCUGAUUGGCUGCUUCGCCAGUCUUAUCAAUGGAGGAACCAUGCCCGCUUUUGCCAUCAUAUUUUCCGAAAUCCUUGGGGUGUUUUCUGAGCCUGAUCUUGAAAAGCAGAAAAAAGAUAUUGUGCUGUACGCUAUGUUGUUUGUUGGCCUCGGUGUGAUAAGCUUUUUUGCAUAUCUAUUGCAGGGUUAUAUGUUUGGAAGAUCUGGAGAAUACUUGACCCUGCGACUGCGGUCCGCGUGCUUCAAGGCCCUGCUAAGACAGGAGAUUGCCUACUUUGAUGAUCAUAACAACAGUGUUGGUGCCCUGACCACUCGCCUGUCCACUGAUGCUUCUCAAGUUCAGGGGGCCUCCGGUGUAAAGCUAGGUUCGACAAUCAUGGCCCUGUGCAGCGUUUUGACGGGAGUAAUCAUUGCAUUUGUGUACAGUUGGAAACUGACUCUCCUCAUUAUUGCAUUCUUGCCACUAGUCGUGAUAGGAGGAGCACUGGAAAUGCAGAUGAUGCAAGGUGCUGCUGGAAAAAAUAAGGAAGCACUAGAGGCUGCUGGGAAGGUGGCCAUAGAGUCAAUUGAAAACAUACGAACAGUAGCGUCACUGACACGAGAAGACAUGUUUAGGAAAAAGUUUGGAGAUGAACUAGACACCCCUUAUCGAGGUGCCCUGAAGAAAGCCCAUGUAAUAGGGAUUUCUUUCUCCAUGUCGCAGGCGGCCAUGUUUUUUGCAUAUGCAGCCUCAUUCUGGCUGGGUGCUUACCUCAUACAGAAAUCAGAAGUUGAUUAUGUGGAUGUUUUCAAAGCCUUCUCAGCUAUUAUAUUCGGAGGUAUGGCAAUUGGAAAUGCAAGCUCAUUUGCACCCGAUGCUGGGAAAGCAGAGGCGUCUGCCAAAGAGAUAUUUCGACUUCUCGAUAAAAGACCAGAAAUUGACUCUGAGAGCACAGAAGGACAAGAACUAACUCAGUACAACAGCAACAUCCAGUUUACAAACGUAACCUUUCGGUACCCAACGCGUCCGGACACCCAGGUUCUACAGGGGCUGAAUCUUGAUGUUGGGCAGGGACAAACUGUGGCCCUCGUUGGAAGUUCCGGAUGCGGGAAAUCAACUACUGUGCAGCUCACUGAGCGUUUCUAUGAACCUGAGGGGGGCUCUGUGUGUCUUGAUGGCCACAACCUAACAGACCUGAAUCUACAGUGGUUACGGUCUCAGAUUGGAAUCGUGUCUCAGGAACCAACAUUGUUUGACCGGACGAUCGCACAGAAUAUUGCGUAUGGUGACAAUAAUCGAGAUAUUCCAAUGGACGAAAUCAUUGCUGCGGCAAGAAAGGCCAACAUCCACGACUUUAUUGCCAGUUUACCCGAUGGAUACGAUACAAAUGUGGGUGAAAAAGGUGCCCAGCUAUCCGGAGGUCAAAAGCAGCGUGUCGCUAUUGCACGAGCCCUCGUGCGUAACCCUAAAAUUCUUCUGUUGGAUGAGGCCACAUCUGCUCUUGACACAGAAAGUGAAAAGAUUGUCCAAGAGGCCUUGGAUCGUGCGCGUGAAGGUCGCACAUGCAUAACCAUUGCCCAUCGUCUUUCCACCAUCCAAAAUGCGGACAAAAUCUGCGUGAUCCGGCAUGGCGUUGUAACGGAGCAGGGCCGUCAUAAUGAGCUCAUGCAGAAACAGGGAUUCUACCACAAACUGAACAUGGCUCAGGCCAGAAAGAAAUAGUCCCUGUGUCUUAAAAUUGUGAUAGAACAAACUGAAGAAGUUGUCCUGGAGCAUACUGGUAUUCAUUUAUCUUUACAAGCUGAAAAUGGCUAUGGCUAUAAGGAACAGUCCUAGAGUCAUAAAACUGUAAAAGUGAAGAAAUAGAUUGUGAGGGAAAUUAAUUUCUCUUCAUAAUCAGAAGAUAGCUCCACCUAAAGAAAUAGUCUAGCUGGACAAAAAACUACUGUACCCAUUCCUCUGAUACAUUGAGCAUUUUAAAUGUUUGAUCAAUUUUAUACAUUUUUACAAUGUGUCUUACAUUUAUUCGAUGUGUCUUGUUAUAUGAAAACGGUGAUGAUAGCUAUUGUGUUUAAUAUGUCCUAUUUUGCCCUUUUACAAAUUGUUGUGACAUCUCGUCAAGGUGCAUAUGAUAACUAACAAUUAACAAGCACAAAGACAAAAUUUUGCAUGAUCAAGAAUUUUCUUUGUUAUAUUGUGCUAGAAUAACUUAUCAAAUUGGAAGUUUUUGUAACCAAAUUCUAAUAGAUAUAUCUUCUGAACAAUUUGCUUUUAAAUAAGUAUUUUUGCUACUCAAAAUGAUAAAUGGUAAUUUGAAAAUAUGAUCUUAUGAUAAGUUUGUUUAGAAGACAAGACAUAUAACCUUGAAGCUGCUAGAAACAGUAGCCAAGGUUUGUUUCAUUUACAUAUCAAACUACCGUAUCUGUAGCACUUGUUUGUGUCUGUUUUUGGCCAAAUGCUAAGCUGUUAAGUAUGGUUUAUUUCUUAUAAAUUACCAAAGAAGCAUUACCAGUGCGCUCUGGCCCUAUAAUUAGCAUUGCCAAUUAAUUUAUUUUUCUUCAUUGUUUUUAGAGUUAUCUUUUUUACUAUUUUGGGUGAGUUAUCUUUCUUUGUUCUUUUUGUGUUGUCUUGCCUUGUCAAUAUAGUUAUUAUUUAUAAAUUAUCUUUCUCGUUUCUUUACUCAUAUUCAACGUGAACAUAUAUUUUCAAUCAUAGGACUGUUAGUGCACCAUAUUUACAUGUACAAGUUCCUUUUUUGGUACAUUGUCUUAGUGUCAAUGAAUUAACAAGUAACAUUUUAGGCUAAGUCAGGAGUGCCUCUGGGCAUAUUAGUGGUCAAUAUUAUAUUUUGUCCAAUGAGAAGGCACUAUUUUUCAAGUUUUCCAAUACAUUUAUUUCAGUAAAUCAGCAGUUAUUUACUUUUAUCAGUUGAAGUAGUAGAUGUAAACAGUGGCUGGCCCAGUUAGUGGUAGUUCACACAAUAAAAUGUAGACCUUGAAAUGACCCAAAGAUGAUAGUAUCUACUUACACAAAAUAAAUGGCUAUGUAACUAUGUGACAAUAUAUUUUUGUAUGUACAUACUAAUAAUCUUUAACCUUUACCUCGAAGCAUUAGUUUUGAUUUUUUGCACAUGGAAGGGGCUCAGUUUUGUCAGAUCUGCUUUUUGUCAUUGUUGAUUUUAGUCAAUUUCAGGAGUAUAUUUUGUGAUUCUUAAUUGGUUUUGGUUCAAUUACCAGGUUCAAAAUUUCCAAUGCCAUUCUUAAGGCAUAAAUGGUCAAUUGAAUAUUUUGCCAGACUUUAUAGAGAAAAUGUAAUCUACAGUAGUGAGAAGUAAAAUUAUCGUGUAAUUUGGACUGUAAACUCUUAUGUUAAACAUGCAUAUAUUACAAACUUGGUAACGUAAGAUCAAGGGGACCAAAUGUGACAAUUUCCUUGGACUAAAUUCCAUGCCAUCUAGUAAUUUUUUAAAGUCUGGGAAAGAUUUUCCUGUUCAAAUGAAUGUCACUUUCUAAAAUAAGUGGUUUUACAAUUUGAAAGCUUAAUGCGCUAUAUAUAGGUUUUUAUCUUUUUGAAUGUUUAUUUAUGGUGUUGAAGUUUUGUGUAUAUUACUUUGUAUAUACAUACAUAUUGCCCUGUACUUGUGCACAUCUUUUUAAACUGUAAAGUUUAUGUAUGUUUGUUGACAAUGUUUGAAAUAGAGUAGAUCUGUUUGAUACUAAAAAAAACACCCUAAAUCAUACAAAACAUUGUGAGCUUAAUUAACAAGAGUGCUAAUAUUUUUUAUAUAUCAUAUAUUAUGUUUUCCAUUUGUUUAAUCUGCCUUAUACCAGUUAUUGUAUUAAUUAAAAUGAAUUAUGUUGUGCUUUAAAAUUUUAACUAUACUUGUUAGGGAAUCCAUUUCACCUUUAUUUGAACAAAUCCUCACUGGCAAUAUGCUAGGCCCCUGAUCUUAAAAUCUGUAUAAGAUUGAUAAUGUAUGCUUAUCUUAAGAAUGAAUUAAAGUGUCCUUCAUACUAAGAAAAAGCCUUUAAAUGACAGUCACUGUACCAAUAAUUCAUCCACUUUCGAAAAUUGUCGUUAUUUGAAAAAAGAAAAAAAAAACACUUAAAUUAUUUUUUUCUAUUUUCUACAAAAUUGAAUAUGUUGCUCUGUUUAAAUAGUAUAUUUGGGUGAUAUCUUUACCAUUAUGUUGAGUGGUAAAAGACAAUUAUAAAUCCACGGCAGUCAGAGAUGUGGCACAACCAGGUGAAAUUUUCAAUAUUGCUGAGAAAUUGAUCAUUUCAGUUAUUUCUAUUUUGAAGCUUUAUGUAAACACAACCUAUCAUUUGCAUGAAAAACAAUCAUUUUGAAAAUGCCAAAGAAGGGAUUUCAAAGGAGGACGAAUCUUAGUUAGGGGUGAAAAAGUAGUUCCUAACCAGCAUCGUAUUUUUAACCCUGUAUUCAUUAUCACACGGCAUUGUCAAGUCAUCUGAGCAUUGUUUGUAGUUUUGUACGUUUUGUUGAAUAAAAUAUCCAACAGAA